ACGGCCACCGCCAUGUCCUCCCUGGAAGAGAGAGACGUGGGCGUUGCGGCCGCCCCUGGCUCCUCCUCGGCCGGCCUGGGGGUCGGGGCCGUGGGGGCAGCGGUGGAGGCAGUGGCCGGGGUCGCGGCCAUGCAGGAGGAUGUGGGGAUACGGCGAGAGGGGCCUGAGGCUGACCCAGACGAGCCACCCAAGAAGAGGGUGAAAAUACCCGAGGGAGAGUCAGGAAAACUGGAGGAGAGACUGUACUCAGUGCUGUGCUGCACCGUGUGCCUAGACUUGCCCAAGGCGUCUGUUUACCAGUGUACUAAUGGACACCUGAUGUGUGCUGGCUGUUUUAUUCACCUUCUGGCUGAUUCCCGGCUGAAGGAGGAGCAGGCCACCUGUCCCAACUGCAGAUGUGAGAUCAGCAAGAACCUGUGCUGCAGGAACCUCGCGGUGGAGAAGGCCGUCAGCGAGCUGCCGACCGAAUGCACGUUCUGCCUCAAACAGUUUCCCCGCUCCAGCCUGGAGAGACACCAGAAGGAGGAGUGCCAAGACAGGUUUACCGUAAACACUAAAACGCACUGA